ACCCCCAGCCAGUCCAACCGCAACCCAGUCCAGUGGCACGGUUACUACGGCAACCAACUUAUCUCCAUAGAACCCCAGCAAGUCCAGUGGCACCCCAGUCCAGUGGGCUUGGCAUCUCCGCCAUUGUGGGGCGUACCGACCCCGGGGCGUACGGCUAGGCUUGGUUACUAUGACAAUCAGUUGGUAGGCUUGCUUUGGUUACCAUGGCAACCAUUGGCUAGGCUUGGUAAGGCAUUUCCGCCAUUGUGGGGUGAACCGCAACCGGGGUCACGUGGUAUAUCGUACGGCACGUAUAUCGUACGAAAGGGCAUAUCGUACACUACGAAUUGUAACCAGACACGUGUGAACCAAACGCUUGUCCGGUGGACACAAUCGGCGGACAUUAAGCCAUUGAAUGAGUGGCACACGAGUGGCGACACAUCAUCGGCAACACCACCACCAGCUCCGCCACUGACCACAGAUUGCCAGCAAAACAAUGAACCAAAACGUGUUGAUCAACCCAACCAAGUGGUGGCGGAAGAGGCCGAGAACAUGAUCAAACUAAUACCAUUCACCAUCACCAACAUUGUAUUGACCAUAUCAUCCAUCGUGGUCUACGUCUGGGAUGUUGGCAGCGAUGUAUUGCGGGCUAACCCUGUUGUUUGUAUUGUUGCCCUCAUUGGUUAUGGCGGUAAUUACUCGGCGCUGGUAUGA